GAGGCGGCGGCGGGAGCGGAAAGGGAGGCCCUCCUGCGGGCCGUGGCAACAUCCGCCGCCGCUUGGCGCCUUUCUCCGGGGCGGCUGCGGCCUUCAAGGCGACGUCGGGGUGGCUGUACCGGCCGAAAGAGAGGACGCGGACUGCAAUGGAGCUCCUUGAAGAAGACCUCACAUGCCCCAUUUGUUGCAGUUUGUUUGAUGACCCUCGGGCCUUGCCCUGUUCACACAACUUCUGUAAGAAAUGUUUGGAAGGGAUCUUGGAGGGAAAUGCCCGGAGCAUAAUUUGGAGGCAAUCUCCCUUCAAAUGCCCUACAUGUCGAAAGGAAACUACUGUUACCGGAGUUAACAACCUCCAAGUCAAUUAUUCUCUGAAAGGUAUUGUGGAGAAGUAUAACAAAAUUAAAGUGACCACAAAAAUGCCUGUGUGUAAAGUGCACAGUGGCCAACCUCUCAACAUUUUUUGCCAGACAGACACACAGUUGAUAUGUGGUAUUUGUGCAACUCGAGGAGACCAUAUAAAGCAUGUGUUCUGCUCCAUCGAAGACGCUUACUGCCAGGAAAAACGUGCUUUUGAGACGUUGUUCCAAGGGUUUGAGACUUGGCGUUGUGGGGAUGCACUUUCCCGACUAGACACUUUGGAAACUAGCAAGCGGAAAGCCCUGCAGAUGUUGACGAAGGACUAUGACAGAGUCAAAGACUUUUUCGAAAAAUUGCAGUAUACGCUGGAACAAAAAAAGAAUGAGAUACUUUCAGACUUCGAGACAAUGAAGCUUGCCGUUAUGCAAGCUUAUGACCCAGAAAUCAAUAAACUGAACACAAUCAUACGAGAACAACGGACAGCAUUUAACAUUGCGGAAGCUUUUAAGGAUGUGUCUGAACCCAUUGUAUUCUUGCAACAGAUGCAAGAAUUUCGAGAGAAAAUCAAACUGAUCAAGGAAACCAGAUUGCCUUGUCUAACUGUAGAGAUCAGCUCUACGAUCAAAGACUUUGAUACCAGCCACUGGGAACAAUUUAAGUUAGCAGAUGUGGACAAACUGUCUUUACCUCAAGAGAAAAGCAAUGCGAAAGGGGCAAUUUCUCUGUUCUUUUCACCUACAUUUAUCCUGACGACUUUGUUUUGCUUGCUUAUCCUUGGUACUAUGCAGAUGUGCUACAUGGAUGUUGUUGUUGAUACUCUCCAGUACUGGAAGACUCUUGUCUCGGCAUUAAGCUCACGUUAUCUGGCAGAUACAGCAGAGAUUGCAGAUCAUGCCGCCUUCUAUUGGGAAAAAAUGACAGACAGCGCAUUUGUUCUUAGUGAAAAAUGUGCGAACUAUGCUCAGGUGAUAUUGGAUAACGUUGCCCAGUUUGUGUGCAAAUACAAACUUUUGUAACUAGCUCUUAUGUAAAAAGACCAUUUGAAGUUAUUGUUUUAGAGUAGGGCUGGUGGACAAGUAUUCCUCAGGUGUUGGAAUGCAUCUCCCACAAUCCUUCACAAUUUAUUAUACUGGCUAGUUUUGAUGGGAUUAUAAUCCAGUACAUGGACGGCCCAGCA